GGGGACUUUGCAAUUGGAGAACUGAUUGAUCGGCGUUAAAUGUUUGAACCACUGCUACUCCCGCCGAUCCACUUGAGUCUUGCAUGGAUGUGCAACUCAGCGAACUCCUUGAAUUCAUCGUGCACACUAGUACUUAUCACCGCAGGAGCCUGCCACGCACAACUUUGAUCCGGAUGCUGGACGCCUAGAACAUGCGGUGCUUACUGCGUAUUGACGCUUGCGCACGCACGUCGCACGCGAAGCCUGGUUGCCACAAGCUGACUCGGAGCUUGCAACGUUGUUUCAUGUGAACAUCAUGCACAUCUCCUUCUCCUCAGUGCGCAAAGCUUUCCGACCGAAUGGCAAAGGCCUGUCAUGCACUUCUUUCGAGAUGAUUCAAGCUGUGAUCUCAUUUGAGUCACUGCCAGAAGCCUUACUUUACCAAAUUUUCAGCUACCUAUCAGUGAAGGAUGUCGUCAGGUUGCAAAGAGUGUCCAAGACACUCAAAUCGGCCAUGGCAAAAUCGCCAUUGGAUAGUAAGAGAUCUAAUGCCCGGACCCUAAAUUUCGGCAACAAGGAGCUUCCACUGCCUGGGGUUGCUCGCAGAAGAACAGUCGAACUUUAUCCGGAUGCCACAGGGAAUCACACCCCCUACGGCCUCGUUUUCAGCCGUUGGUUGAUUGUCACCAGCAUCUGCUCCUCAGAGGCACCUGUCAGAUGUUUUGACCUGGAUGCAGACAAGGGAAGUGACCCAGGCGAAGAAGUGCUGCAGCUCUAUGCCAAACAUUCAACUGUGUUGUAUACGACAUCCGGUAUGAUUUUUGACCUCCGUUGCGUCCAAAGCACGCGGAUGAACGGAGAACGUAUCGCGUUUGUGAUUUUGGUGGAGAAUUUCUUCGCGCUGAAGGUAUUUCGGUUCCAAGUCGGCUCGAAAGGCUCUCAACCGCACAUCACACUGCAAGAAGUUUUCACAAGGCAUGACAUGCAUCUAUCUAGUCUUCGAGAGGUGUCGCUUGGUCCGAGGCUAAUUGCCAUCAAGUACGCGCGAGGUGGCACUUUCAGAAGUCCAGGACCCAAGAGUGACCACAUUCUUUGCCUUGACAUUGAAACAUUCACACCAUUCACUGUGACACACGAUGAUAUGGCUUCACCAGGUCCAGUCGAGUCUAUGCUUUCGUGCACCUCACACUUGUUAUUGCUACGCGCGUCAUCGACUCACACCUUGGUUGAAGCAUAUGAGAUCCCUCCUUCCCCACCCGACGAGCCCUAUGAACGCAAAAUGCAGGGCCCGGCUGACAAUCUUAAUCCAAAUACGUCUACAGCGCGCCUUCAACGUAGCCACGAGGGUGUUGUUGGUAGCAAGCUAUCCAAUGUAGUGAUUGUUCACGACCCCAUGUUUCCUUAUCUAUGUCCUCGUUCUGCUGGAGAAGGCGGCUAUCACGAUGACGAAGGCAUCACAAUCACCGCUUCUUUCCAUAAUCGUACGGAUGACCAAAAGACAUUCCUCGGUCUCGUGCGAUUGACUUUGCUGCCCCGGGAUAGUCCCUCCACUGGGGGCAUCGCCACUAGGAUACUAGGAUCACAUAUCCAUCCUGUGGAUCCAUCCCCGCCUACAGUGGUGAUGGACUCUUCAUUCAAUGGAUCGACAAAGGGCUUCGUUUUCUAUCCAGAAGAAGUCACAGAAACAUCUAUAAUGCCUAGGUUCCGCGCACGAGCUGCACUGAGUGUUCGUUCGCCUCAACCUCCUGAAGCCGAGUUCAUUUCCGUCAUGCUUGGGGAGGGAACAGGGGAGAGGUUGAAGAAGCGUCGGGAGAUCACGUCGCUAGUACGGACUACCGCAGCAUCUCUACGAUACACCGACUUUGCGUCCGGUGACGAGGAUACAUUGGAAGAAGCACAAGCCGCUAGGAGAGCGCGAGCAACGAUACGUGUGGUGCCAUGUCCACUUCCGGUCGAUGGUAUUUCGGCAAGAGACAUCUUGUUCGAUGGGUGCACAGGUCGGAUGGUUUGCAGGCGGCCGGUGCGCGUCGCUCAUAGAUGGAUGAAGAGGAUUGAGGUGUGGGAUAUCGUUUGAGGCGCUCGAUGAGCCUAAAGCACCCCAAUAACAUAUGGGCAAUUUUCCAGAUUUUACAUAGCCUUGUUUGACGCUCAAACAA